AAAAAGAAACAACACACAGAUCAUAAAAAAGAACAACUCCUACUUUUGUCCUUAAAAAGCCCGAAACCUCUUUUGUCUAAUCUAACAAACCUUAACAUUUACGAAAUUGAACUGAAAAUGGUGUCUUCCAAAGGAGUUGCUAAUAGCAAAAUUGAUGAUGAUGAUGGUGGUGGUGACAAAUUGAUGAGAAAAGUGUUGGGUUUGGGUUUUUCGGUACAAGGAUUCAGGUGUUUUCCAUGGUUGGUUGUGAGUUUCUUUCUCAAAGAUGGUCUUAAUGUUAAUCCUUCAACUCUUCAAAUUCUUCUAAGUUCUGCAAAUCUUCCUAUGGUUGGAAAACCUCUUUAUGGUCUUGUUUCAGAUUCUGUCUAUAUUUCUGGUCAACAUCGUGUUCCCUACAUUGCUUUUGGAGCUUUCUUGCAGGCACUGUCAUGGCUAGCAAUAGCAAUCUCUCCGUCAAGCAUAUCUGUUUUCACUAUCUCUAUAUAUCUUCUCCUUAGUAAUCUAGGCGCUUCAAUAACUGAGGUAGGAAAUGAUGCCAUUGUUGCCGAGAUGGGUAAACAGCCUCCGUCUUCAACCAAGCACUCUCAACAACCAUCUUCCUCAGGCAAUCUUCAAUCCUUUGUUUGGAUAGCUUCCUCUGUAGGAGGAGUCGCCGGCAACCUUCUUGGCGGCAUUUUCAUCAGCCGCCUCUCUCCACAAUCCAUGUUUAUGUUUUUUGGUCUUCUUGUUGCUCUCCAAUUCUUCAUAACCAUUUCGAUUCGCGAAAGCUCUCUUGGACUUCCAAAGAAUCCAUCUAUUGGGAUAAAGAAACAGCUUUCAGAACUAUCGGCUGCACUAAGAAAACCCAAAAUCGCAUAUUCAAUCUCAUGGUUUGCAUUAUCUUAUGCAGUUGUUCCCUUACUUAACGGAACCAUGUUCUUUUACCAGACACAAUACUUGAAAAUCGACUCGUCAGUAUUAGGUAUCUCCAAGGUUUUUGGUCAGGCAACAAUGCUUCUAUGGGGCGUUAUAUAUAAUCGAUACCUGAAAUCUAUAUCACCUAGGAAACUGAUAUCAGCGAUUCAAGCAACAAUUGCAUUCUUAAUGAUUUCAGAUGUCUUAUUUGUGCGCGGUUUCUAUAGACAAAUGGGCGUGCCGGAUACACUCUAUGUUGUGAUUUUCUCAGGAUUCUUGGAGGUUCUAUUUUUCUUUAAGUUUCUUCCUUUCACUGUGUUAUUAGCACAGCUAUGUCCACAAGGUUGUGAAGGGUCAAUAAUGGCAUUUCUUAUGUCUGCUGUUGCAUUGGCAUUCAUUGUGAGUGGAUACCUUGGUGUUGCACUUGCAUCUUAUAUUAAGAUAACAGGAAGUGAUUUUUCAGGAUUAUCACUUGGACUUGUGAUACAAGCUUCAUGUACUUUGUUGCCAAUAUUUUGGUCAUCAUGCAUACCUGAAUAUGUAAAAACAAAAGACAAGCGUAAAGACUAAUUAAUGUAAUAGCUUUUAGAAAUGUGAUAGUGAUUUAAGGUGUUGAGCAAA